AUGGUUAAAAUAGAAGACUUUAAACUAUCCUGCGAACUUAUUGGACAUAAACUGGACGUCCGGGCCGUAGCUGAAGGAAAGGAUUUUUUGGUGUCAGGCUCGCGAGAUAAAACCACUAAGGUUUGGAGAUCCUUCGGAAAAGACUACGAGUUAUCGGAAACGUUGCAAAAACACACCAACUACGUUGGAGCUGUACUAGUGGUGGAAUCAAAUGGAUGGGUUUGUACUGGAAGUAACGAUGCAACGAUAUGCAUUUACCAAUAUCCAGGUAGCACCGAGCCGAUCGGAGUGCUAAAGGGCCAUACGUCUACAGUUUGUGCGUUGGCCGCGGGCCAUAACGCGACAACUAUCAUCUCUGGAAGCUGGGACAAGACGGCCAAAAUAUGGACAAACGCACCCGGAUCGAUGACGAAUCUAACGCUCGUGGGACACGAGGCGGCCGUGUGGGCCGUGGCUUGCCUGCCGAAUGGGAGAUACAUUUCCGGUUCGGCAGAUAAGAACAUCUUCGUGUGGAACGAAAAGGGCGAAAAGCUGGUCGUGCUGAAGGGUCACAAGGAUUGUGUUCGUGGUUUGUGCCCAAUACCAAAAGGCGGCUUUUUAAGCUGCUCAAACGAUGCCACCAUACGCUACUGGAACGAUACUUACGAGUGCGUGAAGGAGUUUCACGGCCACAGCAAUUACAUCUACAGCUUGUCCCGGUCAGAUGCGUGGGGUGAGGAUGUCUUCGUUAGUGGAGCUGAAGACAGCACCAUACGCAUGUGGCACCUCCAGGAUGGGGCACUAGGCGAUGCACUCCAAAUGCCGGCUCAGUCCGUUUGGGCGGUGGCGGCACUCCGAAAUGGUGACAUCGUCAGUGGUACGAGUGAUUCCAUCGUGCGUGUGUUCACUGCGAACGCCGAACGGACUGCCUCGGAGGAAAUGUUGGCUGCGUUUCGCGUGGCAGUUCAGGUUCGACAGGCGGAAUCGGCGAAACAGCUCGGCGGGGUGAACGUAAACGAUCUGCCCGGUCCCGAAUCACUACUAUCCGAGGGCCGCGAAGGUCAGACGCGCAUUGUGCGACACCCCAACGGGAAGAUUCUGUGCUACCAGUGGACCAAUGGAAAAUGGGAAUGCGUCGGUGAUGUGAUGGGUGCCAGCGAUGGCGAUACGGGAAAGCAGUUGUACGAGGGGCGCGAGUACGAUUACGUGUUCUCCGUGAAUCUGUCCGACGAUGCGCCGAACCUGAAGCUACCCUACAAUCGGGGCGAGGAUCCCUGGUUCGUAGCCCAGCGGUUCAUCCACAAACACAACUUACCACAGGCCUACCUCGAUCAGGUGGCCAAUUUCAUAGUAAAAAAUUCAGAUAAUGCGCCCGUAGCGAGUGCAACUGGUAAUAGUUAUUAUGACCCGUUCACGGGAGGAUCGCGCUACGUGCCCGGUGCAUCGGGCGGAGGACAGUUUCAGGCAACAUCAGCCAAUACGGAUCCAUUUACGGGUGGGUCUAGCUAUACCACGCAAACACCAAACGUGAGCUUGGCUUCUAACGCGGCUAAAGCCACAAAUGGGAGUAGUAAUAUGGAUCCAUUUACCGGCGGGUCUAGCUACACGACCGGUUCAAGUGAAGUUAAGAAAAGCAAUACUCAUUUUCCGCAUCGACAUUACAUCUUGCUUGAAAAUGCGGACCUUUCGAAAGUGCUGCUUAAGUUAAAAGAGCUGAAUGGAUCCAUCGAGGAACAGAGCCUUCGAGUGUCGGACGAAACGCUUAGUGACAUCGUGCAGUACUCAGGAGAAGUAAUGACCUGUCGUGAACAGAACUCGGUCUGCUUGACGGCGCUCAAGUUUCUUUACACCACCUGGCCGACGGAAAAGCUCUUUCCGGUCAUGGAUAUUACGCGAUUGGUCGUGCGUGAACCGAACGCUUGCCACGAGCUGUUCAGCGAUGCAGCCUUCAUGAAUACCUUUUUGCAACACACGAAUCAUCUGCCGGCGAACCAGCUGAUGUCCGCUCGGUGCUUCACAAAUAUGCUCGCCCACCAGCCUGGUCGCAACGUGGUGGUCGACAAUAUUCGCGCCAUUGCCGAACGGUUCGCCUCAGUGCGGGCGGGGUGCAGCGCGAAUCUGCAGAUUGCUCUUGCUAGCUUUUACCUGAACCUAACGAUGACGCAACUGGAAAAGUUGUCGUCAGUGGAAUUCUGCAAAGUGCUGGCCGUUACGACCAGCGAAUUGGUCAGUUGGUUGACGGACAAUGAAGCAACGUACCGGAGCUACCAGGCACUGGGCAAUCUGUUGAGCAUUCCUGGGCCGGGGAUGAGCACAAUCACCGACACGCUGAAGGCGAAUAGUGCCCUGACGGAUAAGAUACUGUACAGCAUCAGCAACGAGUUGCCUAACUUUGCGAAACUGAACGACGCUGCCAGCUACCUGUAUGAACUGCUGGUUUAGGAACGGUACUAGAGCUUACCAUCGAAGGAUUGCGGAAGAACCUUACCAUUUGUUUCCAUUCGCCGUGCGAUGUGGAA